AUGGCUACCUACGGAAAAAUUGGAGAGUUUGAUCCGGCAACGGAACUCUGGAACAAUUACAUCGAGAGAGUGAAUCAGUUCUACAUAGCAAAUGACAUUGCAGAUGCCACCAAGAAGAGAGCAAUCCUGCUGAGCUCAUGUGGAGCCAAAGCCUACCAGCUGUUGAGAGGUUUGUCAAAUAACGAUCCUGCUUCCAAAUCUUAUGACCAGCUAGUACAAUUAAUGAAAGAUCAUUUAUAUCCCACUCCCAAUUCGAUAGCUGAGAGAUUCAGAUUCAACACUCGUGAUAGGCAACCUUCUGAAACAAUUUCCCAGUACUUGGCAGUUUUGCGUCGACUCAGUGAACAUUGUGAGUAUGGAGAAACACUGGACGACAUGUUAAGAGAUAGACUUGUUUGUGGUAUUAAGGAGGAAAAAAUACAACAAAAGCUCCUGAGUGAGAAAGACCUCACCUUAGCCAAAGCCCUACGAAUUGCAUGUUCUAUGGAAUCAGCAGCAAGCUACUCCAAAAGCAUUCUCCAACAUCAAGCGACAGGCAACAUUUCAGAGAGUGUCCACGCUUUGGAGAGAGCCCGAGACAACCCAGGGAGGGAUUGCUAUCGAUGUGGAGGGACAAAACAUACAGCAGAGGCAUGUCCAUUCAAGGAUGCUGAAUGUUAUUAUUGCCACAAAAAAGGACACACCGUUAAAAAAUGUCGUCAAAAGAAACGAAAUGAUGAGAAAUCCAGACCACCCCGGAAACCAAUAAACCAACUGGAGUCCGAACAUGAAGGAAAUGUUUACAACGAAACUGUUGAACAGUCCGAUAUGUUUAACCUGUAUAAAUUAGAAGGGAGCAGAGUUGAACCGCUUUUUGUAAAUGUCAGUAUUGAAGGAAAAACCAUCAAGAUGGAGGUCGAUACCGGUGCAUCGAUGUCGGUGAUAAGUGAAAAAACAUUACGGAAAUGCAUUCCAGAGUUGACCAUCCAGCCUAGUAACUUAAAGUUAAAAACUUUUACAGGGGAAAUCAUAACACCCUUGGGAUCAGCUGCUGUAAACGUUGAACACCAAAAACAGAAAUACACACUGUCAUUGACUAUCGUACCCGGGGAAUCUCCUUCAUUGUUAGGUCGAGAUUGGCUAAAAGUAAUCAAGUUAGAUUGGCCCAGUUUGUUCCAGGUCAAGCAUUCUAGCAAUACCAAUCUACAGCAAAUAUUAGUACAGCAUGCCGCCGUGUUUACGGAAAGUAUGGGAUUGCUGAAGGACUUUAGAGUCCAUAUUCCUGUGGACUCCUCUGUCGCACCAAAGUUUUGCAAAGCACGACCAGUCCCGUAUGCCUUAAAAGACAGGAUCGACACUGAACUUGAUAGACUUGUACAAGAUGGCAUAUAUGAACCAGUUGAAUAUUCAAGAUGGGCAGCCCCUAUCGUACCGGUAAAGAAAGAGGACGGUACUAUCAGAAUAUGCGGCGAUUACAAACAGACAAUAAACCAGGCUGCACCUUGUGACUCUUAUCCAAUUCCGCGAACUGAAGAUCUUUUCGCCUCAAUGUCAGGGGGUGAAAAGUUCACAAAGCUGGAUUUGAGUCAUGCAUACCAGCAAUUGGAGUUGGACGAGGAAACAAGAGAAUACCUCACAAUCAACACACACCGUGGCUUGUACCGCCCCACAAGACUUCAGUAUGGAGUACAUUCCGCCACCGGCAUUUUUCAGAGGGAAAUGGAUAGGCGACUCCGCCAUAUACCACGUACCAAAGUGCGAGUAGACGAUAUUUUAAUAUCUGGUAAGGAUGAUGAGGAACAUUUGAGAAAUUUAUCGUCAGUCCUGCAAGUGAUUGAAAGCUCUGGAUUGCGACUGAAGGAAGUCAAAUGCGUAUUUCUAGCAGAAGAGGUGACUUAUCUGGGUUACAACAUUACCAAGGAAGGAAUAUCGCCUUCACCAGAGAAGGUCAAAGCUAUAAGGAAUGCAGCCCCUCCAGAGAAUGUUACACAGUUAAAGGCUUAUCUCGGAAUGCUCAACUAUUAUAAUCGUUAUCUACCAAACCUUUCUGCAAUGAUUGAACCACUGCAUCGUCUGCUGAGGAAGGGGACAACCUUUCACUGGAAAACCGAACAAGAAAAAGCGUUUACCGAAUCGAAAGCUCUACUAUAUAAAGCACCGUUGCUGACGCAUUUUGACCCCCAACGUUCGAUCCUUGUGUCCUGUGACGCCUCUCCUUAUGGGAUAGGUGCUGUUCUCGCCCAUGUAAUGGAUGAUAGUUCCGAGAAGCCCGUAUGUUAUAUUUCACGGACUCUUUCUCCAGCAGAGAGGAAUUAUGCCCACAUUGAGAAAGAGGGUUUAGCCAUAGUAUUCGCAGUCAAAAAGCUUCAUCAAUAUCUUUAUGGACAGUCUUUCAGAAUUAUAACUGAUCACAAACCUCUUUUGGGACUAUUCGGACAAAACAAACCAAUUCCACCGCUUGCAGCUGCUCGUGUUCAGAGAUGGGCCCUCCUGCUGUCUGCUUAUAGCUACGUCUUGGAGUACAAACCAGGUGUCAAUCACGCCAACGCUGACUGUCUAAGCCGCCUUCCACUUCAAGCAGACAGUUCUGAUUACUCGAACAAUGAAAGUGCAAUUCACAUGAUGGACCUAGUGCAAGCACCACUAACCUCCGCUGAUGUUAAGCUACAUACAAGUCGUGACCCAGUCCUGAGCAAAGUGUUGGACUUGAUAUCCAACGGUUGGAAAGUAAACCGAGAAAUAGAAUUACAACCGUACUUUUCAAGGAAGGAUCAACUCAGCAUCGACAACCAAUGCUUGCUGUGGGGUUCUCGUGUCAUUAUACCAAGCUCGUUACGACCACAACUGCUUGGACAACUUCACCAGUCUCACCCAGGGAUCACUCGCAUGAAAAGUUUGUCGAGAAGUUUUGUGUGGUGGCCAAAGAUGGAUUCUAAGAUUGAGUUAACCGUCAAAAAUUGCAAAACCUGUGAAAUCCACCAAAAAAUGCCAGCUGCAGCACCAAUACAUUCCUGGGAAUACCCAAGCCAACCCUGGGAGCGGAUCCACAUGGAUUAUGCGGGACCGUUUUUGAACAAAAUGUUUUUGAUAGUUGUUGAUGCUUUUUCAAAAUGGGUGGAAGUAAUAGUCAUGAAUAGCUCCACCUCCACUGCGACUAUUGAGCAACUGCGCAAAAUCUUUGCCACGCAUGGCCUGCCUGGAGUUUGUGUUAGUGAUAAUGGACCGUGUUUCGCAAGCACUGAAAUUGAGCAAUUUAUGAAACGAAAUAACAUCAGACACAUUUUUUCUGCACCAUACCAUCCUGCUUCAAAUGGACAAGCAGAGAGAACCGUCCAAACUGUGAAAAACAGUCUUAAAAAGAUAGAAUCGAAUGGUCAAUCCAUUGAGACCAGAGUAAGCCGUUUGCUGUUCACGUACCGCAUCACACCACACACCACCACGGGCAGGUCACCUGCAGAACUACUGUUCAAUCGUCAAUUAAGGAGUGCCCUCCAUUUCGUUAAACCAGAUCUGAAACAGACAGUCAAGGGGAAACAGAUGGAUUCUGAGAAUCGAAGUCAUCGAUUGAAACCGCUGCGGCAAUUUCUAGACCAAGAGGAGGUACUGAUUAGAAAUUUUGGUCAAGGACCACGGUGGGUGAGAGGAAACAUUUCGAGAAAGAGAGGACCUGUGACAUACGAUGUUGAAGUGGGAGAGAAAAUCGUUCAACGCCACAUCGAUCAAAUGCGAGCUGCAACCGGCGAGAGAUUAGCUGAUUCAGCAAUGGUAGAGACAGACCCACCUCUGGCUGUGCUACCACAGUUUGAACCGUCAGAAGUUGACGAAACCGUUACUGAAAUCGAGCCAAGGGUCCAGUUACCUGUUCCUGAGACAUCUGAGCCGUUUGAAGACGUUGCAGAAGAUGUGAACAAGGACACCAAUUCUCGACCUGAACGAUCUCGCCGUUUACCAAAGCAUUUCGAGGACUAUGACUUGAACCGCAUUGUAUACGUUUAA